CAUCAGUGGCAUUUCAGCCUAGGGACAAAAGCUGUCGACCCUGUGUGGACUUGGUCUUGAGCUCUGUGAUUUUUUAAAUGUGUAUGGUUAUAUUUGCUCCGAUUUUUGCCAUCUGUGCUUUUGCAACAUGUGGAGGAUACAAUGGUCAUCUCCAGGUUAAAGUGGACUGUGCAGACAGGAGGCAGAGUAACCUCAGCAUCAACAUUGACUUUGGUUAUCCUUUCAGAUUACAACAAGUGCAUUUCAAGGCUCCUUUGUGCGACGCAAAAAGAGAAGAGAUUCUUUUCCUGGAUGGCGACUUUUCUUCAGCAGCUCAGUUUUUCGUGACUGUGGGUGUUUUUGCUUUCCUCUACUCUCUGUUGGCAACCAUCGUCUAUGUCUUCUACCAGAACAAGUACCUGAAGAACAACAGAGGCCCACUUGUGGAUUUUGUUGUUACAGUCAUCUUCUCCUUCAUGUGGCUGGCCAGCAGUUGUUGUUGGGCCAAAACUCUCUCUGAUAUCAAGACAGCCACGAACCCAACACAGGUACUGCUGCUCAUCUCAGCCUGCAGAGCUCAGGAAAUCAAAUGUACAGCUACCCAGGAGCCCCUCUGGUCACGUCUUAAUACGUCUGCGGUUUUUGGUUUUGUUAACGUAGUCCUCUGGGUCGGAAAUAUUUGGUUUGUCUUCAAAGAGACAGGCUGGUACAAGACAGGUCAGAGAUACCCGACCAGGAGUGCUUCUGGAAAACGGUCUAGUGAAAUGCGACAGCGGCUCUACAGCGAGAGCAGCUUCGACCAGCCAGAGGAGAGUUAUGGUCCACAAACCUCCAGACAAGACAGUUUCAAUCAGUCAAAGGGCAGUCAGCAGGUCCACAGGCAAGCUAGCCUCAACCAGUCACAAGCGGGCUUCAGUUUACCACAGACAUAUCUUGGUAAACCAGUAAUUUGUGAGAGGGAGAAUAAAGUGGCUUCUCAAGGGCCGAAGAUAUUUGUCAAUGAGAUGUGAUUUUGUGGUGGUUUUUCUUGGACCUCAGCAAUAUUCAGGUUUUAAAGCUGCACUUCUCACAACUGAAACUAAAUUAGGUCCCCAAUCUGACUGUUUGAGGUACCACAGAAACCCUCUAAAUAGGUGAAUUAGCCUAGCUAAUUGCACAUGGAGAUUCUGAGAGUUUCACUCAAUGGUGUUUGCAACAAGGCAUGUAUACAGAUAAACUCUGAUCCGUCUCAGAAACAGUUCAGUCUAGCACAGACACAAAUCAAAUUGACAUCCUACAUUCAAUCCAACCUGACAAAGGAAAAAAAAAUCUUUAUAUACCACCAUUUGGGGGGUGCAUCCGUGGGACCGUUGCUAGGUCUACCUGGUUAUAGUACAAAGAAGGAUUAUAUUUUCAAUUUCAAUGUUUUGUUCAAUUUACCUCCUUCCUAAGCCAAGGUCGUUGAUGCUACUAAACUGAGUGUUUGGCGCCAUGGCAUUAUGUUUUUCAAAACCUCGCACAUCCUGGUGCUUUUUAAGUAUCCCAGGAGAGCCACUACUUAUUUAUCACAUCAUUUAGUUUUAACUAAUUCAAACAAACUUAACCAAACUUUACCUUUAGUGGGUGCAUUGUUUAGCCUUAACCAGACAGCCGGACCACUCUCUGGCAUUUGAGGUGUUAGACUUCAGCUGGCAUCAAAACGGACCAGCUGUUGCCAGAGAUGAAACCCCCAUAUGUCAUAUAUGCUUAGUCAUCAGCUGUCCCAUAGUUGUCAUUUUGGAACUUACACAUGCACAAGUGAUUUUUUUUCUUUUUCCUUUAUAAAAUAUGUAUUAUGACUAAAUAUUAUGGUGAUAACAUAUUCCUAUUUCCCAUCUGCACACUGUCUGUCUGGCGAGUCUCGUCCUUAUAUAAGAGCUCAGAUUUAGCAUGUCCUUGAUAAGGUUCUGAGAGAAUUUGAUUUGCUUUUUUCUUUUCAUUUUUGAAGUUGGCAAUAAGCAAAUAUUGCUGUGGACUGUUUGCUCUGAACAUCUCAGUGUUCACUUGAGAGUUACAGUGUGUGGUCAGUUUGGCCAAAACAAUACAACAAAGAGGUAAAAAAUGAAAUAAAAAUAAGUUGACGUAAUGUUUGAUUUGUUAGCACCUUGUGUGUUUAGUGCUAGUCCACCAUGGUUUUGCCAUUAGACAUGAUGUCCUUUAUUCAUGUCCUUAUCAAUAAGGACAUGAAUUAUUCCAAGGAUGAAAACCAUUAUAGAUCAGUAUUUAUCAAUAUACAACAUCUGUGUAAUAAAUAUAAUACUUACACUGGAACAAUGUUAAAUUAAUUUCCAAUGACAUUACUUUCCGUACGUACAGAAUAAAUGCAACACACCCUGAGAAAUAACUGUACCUGGAUAUGAUGCUAUAAUAUGAUGAAACCAAACACAUCAGUGUUCAUAUGACUACAAAUAAGAGAUCCUGUUCAAAAAAGUUCCUGUGUGACUAUUCGUUAUGCCAGAAGCAACAACAACAAUAGCACAGUUGUUACAACAUGAUUAGAGACAUUAAGAUAUUUUAACUGCAAACUUUGGCUGUCAUAGUCUUUACUGCAUUACGUUUUCCAUGGAUUUAGAGAUGGUAUUGAAGUAUAGGUACAAUACAAAGUACCCGUUCACUCUGUUAAAUACAGGAUUUAUAAGUGCUGUGGUAGCACUUGAGUUUACCUACAGGUUGCUUGGAUAAUGUUUUUUGACAACAUAUUCCCAUUUUUAACCCGAGAAAAACAUGAAAUUUGAAUUUCAAUGAACAAAGGACCACUGAUCUCGUUGCUUUAGCUUGAAUUUAGGGCUUCUGUCUGUCAGUACUGAACUAAUUUCAUUUAAUUUAUUUUACAAGUUAAACUUUUUACCUGUAAAUGGAAGAGUUUUACCCUUUUCCUUAUCUUGUGAAAUGUUUUUUUUAAUGAAAAAGCAUUACAUAUUUUGUUCCAUUCUAUAUGUUUGAUGGGAAAAUGUGUGCAGUACAAGUGCUGAAACAUAUCUGACGAAUGUGCCAGAUUUCUCUCUAUAAAUAUUUAAUGUUUGAUUGUAUCUUUAAUUCCCUUCGUCAUCAUUGGUGGUUUUUCUUGAUAUUAAAACCAAUGUGUCCUUUCUUUUUAAAAUGAAUAUUGAUUUCAAAUGGACAAUUGGUGCCGUUUCAGUGGAACUUAAAAUAUGUUAUUUGUUUUUGUAUUUAUUUUGUAUGCUUUCUUGUAGGUACGUGUAUAGUCACAUUUUAUUAUACUUGUGUUGAAGCAGAAGAAUUCUAUGUUCCAUACUAAACACACUAAGAUGCAUAAUUUGGAUGUGGAAUAUGUUGAAGUGCUUUUGUUGCAUAUAUUCCAUCUCGUGUCACAGUCCUCUGCACUACACUGAUCAUUAAAACUAUAAUUUCACAAAUGAAUAUCAUUUCUAUAAAAUUCAUAAAAUGCGGUUCAAACUGAGCGCAGCUGAUGAGGAGCUGAUAAGUUCAUUUAAGGUAUCAAAAUUUGUUUGUUGUUUUACUUGAAGGGUGCCUCAAGU